GCGUCAGAAGCCACACACCUCUAUGACCAGGAGGCAUCAUCGAAAAGUCGGAGUGUUUCGCAGCUCGAAAAAAGCCUCUGCUUGUUAGAUGCAGCAGUCGAAAGUAGCGUCCAGUGAUAAAAAACGUAGAUUAGUUUAGAUUAAACGUGCAGAACAGUGGGUUUUUAAAAUUGAAAUUGAGAUUUUAAUUAUUAAUUUCAAGGAAAUUUUCGACAAAAAGAAAGUCUGGAACACAUACAUACAAGUGAUACGUUUGUUCUAUGGUUGUGUAUAAGACAAGGAAUAUACACGUCGAUCGGGGAACUGUAUGAACUCAGUGCAAACGUGAGGAAAUAACAUUAUUUUGGUGAGAUGCUGUUCAAUGGAACUGGUUCCAAAGUGAAGUGACUGAAGGAAAUAAUGGAAGCAUCUAAAGCGAAGGAACCGGCCAGUGAUCCGGUUCCACCGAAGUGAGCCGUUCUGUUAGUGGAUCACACUGUUCCCAAUGCAAAUAAAGCGACAGUAAGGAAAAUCAACCCAAGAACAUAAAAAGACUGCUUGAAACAACGAAUCUGUUACCCUAGUAAUUGCCAGUCUAGUACAGUAGCAAUAUGAUAAUUCGAAAGAAAAAGGUGAAUAGUUUAUGGACGUAAAAGUGUAGUAUUCUCGUACGCGUCUAAUGGACUCGUCGCAGGGCAAUCUAGCGCCCGGGCAAGAGAUACGAGUCGUCAGUGCCUCGGUUGUGGCGCAACUCCAAGCCCAAGGAUUGCAGGGCAAUGAACUCAACGCAGCCAUUAUGGCUGCUUCGCAGCCUCAAACUGCGCAGCAGCAAGCUAUCCAGCAGCAGCAAAUUCAGCAACAGCAAAUGCAGCAGCAAAUACAACAGCAACAGUUGCAGCAGCAACAGCUGCAACAACAUCAACAGCAUCAGGCGCAACAACAGCAAUUACAGCAACAGCAGCAAGCCCAGCAACAGCAGCAACAAGCUCAGCAGCAGCAGCAACAAGCCCAACAACAGCAAGCCCAGCAACAGCAGCAAGCUCAGCAACAGCAGCAACAAGCUCAGCAGCAGCAGCAACAAGCCCAACAACAGCAAGCCCAGCAACAGCAGCAGCAGCAACAAUCCACACCUCAAGCGGCUCAAUCGCAGCAGCAGCAACAACAACAGCAGGCUCAACAACAGCCACAGCUUCAGCAGAUCCAGCACCUUACUCAGAUUCCUCAGCAACAGCCACAGGUGAUUACUCUGCAGCAAUUGCAGAACUUCCUUCCACAACAUCAGCUGAACACGAUCACGACUGCGGAUGGGACUCCGGUGCAAGUGUCGUCGGCGACUACCACUCCGGUUGGUACACCAGUGAAAACUUUUGUCACGUCACCGCCCCAGGUUCAACAGCCGCAGAUUUUGAACCUUCAGGGAAUGCCUCAGCAAUUUAUUCAGGGUGGACAAAUCAUACAAAAUCCGAACGGCUUGUUCCAGAUGAUCCAGCCAGUGCAGACGAUCAACGUUGAUGGGCAGGAAACGCUGUUUGUACCCGGCGGUAUUCAAGGCAAUCCACUUGCUGGGGCACAAGCGGUGCAAAUUAACGGCCAACAAGCCUUCAUCACUCCGUCCGGCCAACUGAUUCGAGCUCCGAACGGUGUUGUGCCGAAUUUCUUACAGAAUAUGGCUCAGGCGGUCCAACUUCCAAACGCUGGUCAGGCUACGCUUACUAUCCCGGGAACUAAUAUAACAAUCCCUUUGGGUACCACAAAUACGGCAAAUGUUCUAGCACAGCAACAGCAGCAGCAACAACAACAACAACAACAACAACAAGCAGCGGUUGUAGCUGCAUCAGCUAGUCAACAGCAGAGUCAGAACCAAAGCCAGCAACAUCAAGCGCAAUCGCAACCUCAGCAGCAGACUCAACAUGCGCAAACUCAAAUACAGGUGCAGACACAGCAACCUGCCGCGCAGCAAAUACAACAAGUCCAACCAACUACAAUUACAAUUCCUGGUACCAACAUCCAAGUACCGACUUCAGCUGUAACCGCACAAAACAUUUUGCCUAACAAUAUAACUACCAUUAAGCUGGAAGGAGGUCAAAACGUACAAGUACGACCAGCUGGAGCGAUUCCGCAAGUUGUCCAGUUUCCGAUGCAGCAAACCAUACCGGUACAGGUACCAAUAUCAACCGGUAACGGUCAAACCGUUUACCAGACCGUCCACGUGCCAAUUCAAGCGAUCGGUUCGGCUCUAGUCCAGCCGCAGAUGCAAGUGAUACCGCAAAUUCCACAGGUGGCUAACAUAAUCACGCCCAGCGGGCAGAUCCAGCAAGUUCAGUUAACGUCACUGAACUCGCUGGCUGGUCUACAACCCGCACCUGCGCCGCAGAAUAUAAUUCUUCAACAACCCACAAGUCUGGCGCAAGCCGCAGCGCCUACUGCCAUCAGUGCCGGCAAUCCGCUGAUGUCAACUCUUCCAGCGGGAGCUGUGCAACCAGGCGUGGCAGCUAGUCAGGACAAUGGCCAACCGGGACAAACACAAGCUCAACCGCAGCCUCAACCGAUAACCAUUGCUGGUCCGCAAGUCGGGCAGCAAAUCACUGUGAUACCUUCCGGCACACUACCGCAACUGCGGCAGAAUGCGGCCAAUAUCAUCCAGAUGCCCAACAUCCCAGGGCUCCAAGCUAUCCCGGUACAAAACAUUCCGGGAAUAGGAAAUGUUCAGGUGAUCCCGACAAAUUUCAUGCAACCGGUUCAACCGCAAACAGCGGCGUCGCAGCCUCAGUUGAACCCGGUCAAUCAAGCAGGGCAAACUAUAUCCCUCCAGCAGGCAGCGGCGCAUCAAUUAUCAAGUAUAAAGCCGGAUCCAAGCGACCCCGGUAAGUGGUUCAUCAAGCAGGAAGUGAUUCCGAUUCAACCACAACCGGUGGCGGUCUCGACAGCGGCAACUGCGGUGGCAACAGCGACUACGGCAGUCGGGGCAUCCGGUGGAAGUAACAAUACUGCGGGCAACACUGGUUCCAGUGGAACCAGUGUUGGCGGCACGGUUGUAACUUCACUUUCGCAACCUACAAUGAUCAACACCAACAUCACCGGCAGUCACCAGAUCAAAGGUGAGAUCCUGAGUCCCACGACGCAAACAUCGGUGAACGUCAACAUCAGUGUAGGGGGAAGCGGUGGGAAUGACGGGGCGGGGAAUAAUAACGGUGAACAAGCGCAGAAACCCAGGGUGCGAAGAGUGGCGUGCACCUGCCCAAACUGUGAAACGAAAGGCGAAGGACCAUCGGACCGGAAGAAGCAGCACAUCUGUCACGUGAGCGGAUGCAAUAAGGUGUACGGAAAGACAUCUCAUCUGAGGGCCCAUCUUCGUUGGCAUACAGGCGAACGACCCUUCGUAUGUUCCUGGAUGUACUGCGGAAAACGAUUCACCCGAUCUGAUGAACUGCAGCGACAUCGAAGGACGCACACCGGCGAGAAACGCUUCCAGUGUCCGGAGUGCAACAAGAAGUUCAUGCGAAGCGACCAUCUCUCCAAGCACAUCCGGACGCACAACAAACUGAAGAAGGAACACUCGCGCUACUUGAUGGAGUUGGGCGAUUCGAUGAAAUCGAGUGGUCUAAGCGACGAUGGCGAAGACGAUCUGGACAUGGCCGACGAUGAUCUGAAGGACAUUGAUGACGAGGACGAAGACGAUGACGACCCUCUUCCGCCCGAACCGGAAGUUAUUACACAUCUCCUCAAACCGAAGUUGGAGCCGGGUGUCCCUGAAGCUGGUAGCGGCGUAUCGGUAGCAGUGACAAUGCCUGGACAGACACCGGCAACUCCGGUUGGUCUCAUGGUUGCUGGUGGCCACGCUGGCGGAACAAUGCAGCCUGUAGCGGUGACGAACGGUGCCGGGACUGGUAUUAUAUGGAUCGCGUCGGGUAGUGGACCUUUGUUAGGUCUACAGCAUCCGCAGCAGGGCGCACCAGCCCCUCCGCCACUCUACAGCAUCAAACAGCUCAACAAUGCGCAGGAGCUGGCCAGUUCGGUUCACUCGGCGUCUUCUGAUAGUAACGACAGCUCGGACGAGAAGAUGAUGAUCACCCUCGGUAACGACGAUCAGGACCAAUCGAUCGAGUCCAACUAACAGUUCGAAACGCUGUCCAUCCAUCAGUUUGCAUCUUUCGACAGCUGUAGAUUACCGUUUGGGCAGUUUCAGGGCAAUUUUUAGGCAUGUACAUUUGGGAACAAUGCGGUUUGGGAACAUCUGGUGUGAGAUUAUGUCGAUUGCUAAUGUUUCCGGACUGUAUCAAGAUUAUCGAAAAACUUUAACAAUACAUUGUCAAAAUGGGUCAUUGCUUGUGUACGUGUAUAGGAGAUCGUAUGCCAGGGGACUGGCAUUUGUUAUUCGGUUAUAAAUGUUAAAAAUAAAACAUAAUCAAGAAGUCAAUCCGGUUAUUGCUCACUGUGGUGGGGUAAGUUAAAUCCUUAGAAAUAGCUAGGAUAUCGACAGGUGUUCCCGGCAGGCUAUUGCGCUUCGGCACAUUCCUCUAAAAUCGCAAUUCUAUCUUUGAGUUCAAUUUCAACUAGCUGCAUCGUACAUUUUCGAGCGAGCACACAUGAUUACGAAGGACUUUUCGAAAAAUAUUUUUUCUAUCUCCUGUUUAUGAACAUGUGCCGGGAAUGGGACCCUGCCGGUUAUACCAUCCAUAACCCUUCUUCUUCUUAUUGGCAUUACAUCCCAGAAUGAGACACUGCCGCCUUGCUGUUUAGUGUUCAUUCAGAAACAUCUUUUGCUGGUUUGUAGUAAAAUGUCAUUGCAAAAUCCAUACGAUUUGACAGUUUUGUACUCAACAUGUUUUGGACAGCAGAGCAAAGGGAAACGAAGUGACAAUAUUUCUCUGCACUUUAUAAUCCUUAAAACCUCUUCUGUUCAAAUGGGACCGUAAUGCCAAGCGAUCUCUUUGGAUUUGGAUUCUAACUUCGGGUAAAACAAAUCUUAUCGGUAUGUUUUAAACAAUUCCUUAAAUUGACAAUGUAUUGUAUCCAAAUUAACGAAAAUGAAUAAAAAAUCGCAAAUCUAACAGUUUAUUACUCGGAUUGCCAUAAUUCAGAGGCUCCAUCAAAUGAUGCAGGCAGAUGCAUUACCGCAAAAAAGGAACCAUUUUAACGUGGCUAACGGCAAAUAUCGAUAUAAAUUUUAACCGGAUAUCAGCCAGAUUUCAGUAGGAAAAUGAGAUCAAGCACUCGAAUACAUACACACACACAUGGAAAGGUUUUCAAUUUUAUAAGCAACAGACUCUUCAUAUACCUAGUUGUGAAGGCGUUUUUCAAGAAGAAAGAUUACCGACGAUAAAUCUGGAGUUAUUUUAUUUAGCAUUCGCUGUCAACAUGAGAAGCUUCUUCCUCGAUGCUUUUAGGCUGUACGUUAGGAUUUUAAAGCUGUCCUGUAUAAAGUAAAUUAAACAAAAUUCGAUCCGAACUUAACUGCAACUCUAUAUGCUAAAACACUGUUCUCGAUGUUCGUAUUAUUAGCCACUCCAUGGAUUCUAACCUAGAAAUGAAGGAAACGGAUGUGACCGUUGAUUUUUUCAUUUUCGGGUUACACAUUAAAGUUAGGACAAUUUUUCAAUUGAAGAGACUUAUUUAUCUUAUUUAGUAUAAUGAUUAAUUGUUGGUUUAAUUGUUUUCAUACGAUCUUUUUGGAAACAAAUGAUUUGGACUCUAAAUUCGUUUAGGAAGCAGGGUGAUCGUACCUUAUUACUUUCUAGGUUGGACUAAAUUCUAAAAUAAUUUUCGUUGAUUACUAAAACAAUACCUGUACUAUAUCACUUGUGUAAUCGUCUACAACGUGGAUAGGUUGAAAUAAAAAGAUAUUGAUAUUUUUCAA